CUCUCUCUCUCUCUAAAUCUUCAGUUGGAAUAAUUUAUUCAUUCAGUCAUGCCUUCUGCCAAAGCAAAAGCAGGGUGUGCAAUAAAGAAGAAAGAAAAAGAAAACAAAGGAGGGCAUUGCCAACUCAUCUUUGAGUCACAAGUUGAAGCAAAAGGCUCCACAUCCUCAUCACUCUCCUCUUGCUACUCCUACCUAGAUGAACAACUCCCAAUCUCACGUUCUCUUCUUCCUCCACCUCCACCUUCCACCUCAUGCUCAUACUCCCACUUCUUGGCUUUGUUCAUGCAACAUCCCAAGAACUCACAAUCAAGGAAACCUUGGUAUCAAAAAGCAAUGGAAAUGGCCAACAUAUGGAAAACCUUUCCGAAAUCCACGAAAAUCCCCACGACGAAUGCAACUCUAUGGAAAACCAUUUCUAGAUCAACCGAGGUCUCAACUACAAAUUCCAACAGGCAGAAACUACGAAAAUGCUCUUCUCUAAAGGUUGCAACCACGUUCACACGAGUCUGUUUAUGUGCACCAAUCUCUUCCUACACCGAGGUUUUCCAAGCAGAGGUUCCACCAAGAAGAAGCAAUAGUUAUCCGAGAUCAAAGCCAUUUCCUACCCAACAAGAAAGAACUCCAAGUGCAAGAAUUAGUAUAGAAGGGAGGAGAAUUUUUCGGGGAAAAUCUUUGACCGAUGAUGUUUUAAUGAGGAGAUUUGUUGUGGCAGAAGAAGCAAUGAUGCAAGUUAGAAGGAGGAAUCAAAUGGAAAUAAUCAGGAAGAGAGCUUCCAUGAGAAGGAAAAUGCUUGGACCAAGCCCUCUAAGUAGAAUGGUUUUGGCUGAAGAGGAAUGAGAAUUAACUAGGAAAAGCUCUAUGCUUUCAUUUGUUCAAAGAAAAUUGAUUUUUUUUUUUUUCUCUCUUCUUCUCCUUUUUAGUUGCCUUAUUUUCUUGUGGCUUUUGAUGGGUAAUUUCUAUUCUCUUUUCCUAUGAAAUUAAACUGGUUUGGUUGUGUUUUAUGGUUUCUUUUCUUUUCGGUUUCAUUUUCUUGAAAACGCAUUGUUUGGCGAACUGUUUCAAGAAAUUGGAUUGGGAAAGUUCUGAAAAACAAUCACUUUUAGGAAACAUCAAUAAUAGUUUUUUGAAUUUUUGAAAUUGAGUGAAUUGAAAUGAUAGUGUUUCCAAACAUUUCAUUGUUUUUGUUCAUGGAAACACGAAAAACAAAGAAAACAAAAGCACAACCAAACAACAUAUGGUUUCAACCUAGAACUUUGUCUAUUUCAAGAAUAUGUGGAAAAGUUUGUAAAUCGGAAAGUUGAAUGCAUGUCAUCAAGUUGAUUUUGUUGCAUUUGAGCUCUCAAUGAUGUUAGAGAAUAUUUGUAAAAUGUACUGGUGAUGAAAACUCUUGCAAUGUUUGCAUGAAUUCAGAUUACACCACCUUGUUGAUUAA